AUGGCUGAGUGCGCUAUUGAUGUUAGGCAUGAGGUUGGUUGUGCUAUUGAUGCUGGGCAUGAGGUUGGUUAUGCGUGUGAAUCUCUUCUAGAGCAUGAGGUUGGUUAUGCUAUUGAUGCUGCUAUAGAGGUUCGUUAUGCUGUUGAUGCCAGGCAUGGGGUUGGUUAUGCUAUUGAUGGUGGGCAUGAGGUUUGUUAUGCUAUUGAUACCAGUCAUGGGGUUGGUUAUGCAUAUGAAUCUCCUCCAAAAGAAGAACAACCAUUGCUGAAAAAACAGAAAUUUGAUGUGGAAGAGACGACUGAGUGCGCUAUUGAUGUCGAGCAUGAGGUUGGUUAUGCUAUUGAUGCUGGGCAUGAGAAAUUUGAUGAGGAGGAUGACAACCAAGAACCACUAGUAGAAGGAGAAGGAGAUGAUUCUGAUGAUUGGCAUGAAAAUAAAGUGACCGAAGAAGAGUGGGUUGGUACGACAAACAAUUCGAAGAAAGCGAGGGCUUUGACGUUGACAAACUUCCUGAUAACCAGUUGUGUGGUUUGA